AUGUCAGACGAGGACGAAGUCGCUCGUGUGUUCUCUGAGGACGCCUGGGUUCAGUUUAUUGGCGAUAAACUUUGCCAAAUGAUGAAAAUAAAGUCUGAGACGUGGGACAAGUUUGUUGCAUUGGAGGAAAACCAAAGACUUCUCUCCAGAUUUUUUGAACAAUCUGUCAAACUGUUAAUUUUCAGUUUGACAUCGGCCAGCACUAUGACCGUGUCCACUGAGGUCUCGCAUCUUUUAAAACAAAGAGGAUAUUAUAUCCUGAAGAAGGACAAUGUCACCGUUCUCUCGGAAAGUUGCAGGCAGAAUUUACUUUUUGGGGUGCUGUCGCCCUCCCCGUUGCCUCAACUGUCAAACAGUCUGGAGAAGGUGUGUGUGCCGCUGCUGUCAAACAGAGGGAACCAUCAGACGUGGCCAAAUACGAUAUCUGAGGACAUCGUUCGACAUGUCCAGAGUCUACAGAACAAAGUGUCCGCUGUGAGGGGGCAGAUCCGGGGAAAAACAGUUCUCCCAGUUCCUGCUGUCUCAGAGAGGAGAAGAAACUGUCCAGAGGUGUCAGGCAAACUGCAUGAUGGCCCUGACAGGACCGUAGUCCAUGCCAUUGAAUCCAUGGUUAUCAGCUGGACUCAUCUGAUCCAGAAGGUUCUGAAAGAGGACUCUGCUGAAAUCCUUCUGCAGGGCCUCAUGCCUGGGCCCAGCUCAGAGCUGGAAUUUUGGAGGGCCCGAAGGGAGAACAUUCAGAACAUUUAUGAACAGCUUCACAGCCCAGCCGUCCAGAAGAUGAGGAACAUUUUGGAGGUUACAGAGAACAGUUAUUACCCCUCAUUUAAAGCAUUGACAGAGGACGUCUCUGAAGCUCUGCAGGAGGCGAAGGAUGUGGACCUCCACCUACGGCCCCUGCAGCCACUCCUCUCUCACUUAGAAGAGGAAGAUUUUCCAUCCAUUCAUCCACUCAUCCGUCAACUCUUUCACCUCAUCUACUUGGUCUGGAGACACUGUGAAUCCUAUCGGUCACCCGCACGAAUGAUCGUGCUGCUGCAGGAACUCUGUAAUCUGCUCAUUCAGCAGGCCCAGUCAUACCUUUCUCUGAGGGAUUUGUUGAGAGAGGAGGCAGAAGACAGCCUGGAGAAGCUGCAGAAGGUGGAGAGCAUCUUCAGAUGUUUCAGAGACACCUUCCAAAUGUACAGAGAGAAGGUGUCAGGGCUGGUCAACUCUGGAGAGUCUAAACACUGCUGGGACUUCCCGACUGUGUUGGUUUUUUCCCGAUUCGAUAGCGUCUUUGCUCGUGUCCUAAAACUAGAGGAAAUCUUCUCCAUUACUCUGGAGUUCCAGAAACUGGAAAAAGUUAUCUUUGGGGGACAAAGGGGUAAACUUUACAGCGAGCAAGUCUCUCUGUUGCUUGCAGAGUUUUUGGAACUACUCAAAGCCUUCAGGGAGGGGGAAUACAACCCUCUGGAUUUGACCUGUCAGCAGUUUGUGAGAUACUAUGAGGACUUCAAAGACAAGGUUCAGGACCUCGAUCGCCAGCUGGCCACUGUCCUUGGCUUGACCUUGAAAGAUUGCUCUGGAUUAGAAUCUGUUUUUAAACUGUUAGCUCUGUUUAGACCCUUCCUGGACAGAGAGAUCAUCAAACAAACGUUCACACACAGUUUCCCAAUGGUGCUCGAACUCUUCAGUGUGGAAAUGGAUCAGUGCAAACAGCUUUACAGCUGUCAGCUCCAGCAGUUGAGGACUGGCAAACCUGUGCUGAGUAAGAACAUGCCUGCCACGUCUGGUGCUUUGAAAUGGGCCAGAAUGCUCCGAAACAGAAUUCAAAUACCUUGGGAAAGUUUCCAAUUUGUUCUUGACAGGAAAAUGGAUGGUGAAGGUAUGCAACAGGUCCAUUUGAAGUAUAUGGAGAUGUCAACCCUGCUGGACCAUUUUGAGGAAGAGGUUUAUUCUGCCUGGGGUAGGGAUAUUAAUCAGGUCUGCCAGCUCAACCUGGAUCAACCCCUCAUAAAGAGAGAGCCACACUCUGCCCUGCUCCACGUCAACUUCAACCCAGAGUUGCUUGCUGUACUGAAAGAUGUGAAGCACCUUCACAUGCUGGAUCAGAAGAACAUCCCCUCAGUUGCCAUGGCCGUGUACGACAGGAGAGACACAUACCUCAUGUACAUCGGCAGCCUGCAGUUGUUGGUCCAGAUGUACAACAAGGUGAGGCAAACCAUGCUGGAGGUGGAAGCCCCUCUGAUCAGUGCCGAACUGGAGACAAUAGACCAGCAGCUGCAACUGACUGAAACUGAGCUGACAUGGCAGCACCAGAGCUGUUUGGACUAUAUCUGUGCCGUCAGAGGCAUGGUGCACAGUCUGGAGCGCCGGCUUCAGAAAUCCAAAGACAAUUUGGAGAAGAUCCAAAACCUAAUGGAGGGCUGGAAGCAGCAGCCAAUGUUCUGCAGGAAGGAUAACAAGAAAGACACUCUCCUCCUGUUGGAGGACAGAGACGGACAAGUGCUGAAAAGAUACAGAACCAUUCAGAGAGAUGGAGAAACCAUUCACAACUUGGUAAAGGAGAACCACAGUCUGUUGGUUGCUGAUCGUGCGUAUGGGGCGUGGCAGGUAUAUGUAGAGCAUGUGGAUGACAUGUUGGUGGAAGGAUUUUUUUGUGCCAUCUCACAUUCUCUUGAGUUCUUUCUGGAAAACAUGGAGAAUUCGGUCUGCCAGGCUCCUCUGUUUGAGGCCCAGAUGGUUCUGAGUGGUUCUGAGAUCACUUUCAGACCCUCUUUGGACCGAGACGCCGGGGAGAGCUUGUACGAACUGCUUGAGGGGCUGCUGGGAGACAUUUUUAAAAUGUCCGCCCAGGUGAAGAGGGUGGCACCUCAUGUGAACAUGGAGGAUUAUCAGGGUGAUAUGGAGGAAAUGCUAGACCUGUCAGACCUUCGACAGGAGGUGAUGGAGCGAGUGGAUGAUGUGAUCAGGAAGGCUGUCCAGUACCAGUGUGUGUUUGACCGUUACAGUCACCUGUGGCUGGACGACCGGGCGGAGUUCCUGAGACAGUUCCUCCUGUAUGGUCAGGCCCUGACCGCGGAAGAGGUGGAGGCAUUCGGUGAAGGUGCCUUUUCAGAAAAUCCACCCACCACUGAGAAGUUCAAAGAGCAGAUAGAUCUCUAUGAGGAGCUCUAUAUACAGGUUGGGAACAUAGAAGACUUCAGAGUGUUUGAGGGCUGGUUUCGAGUGGACAUCAGACCAUUCAAAACGAGCCUUUUAAACUCCAUCAAGAAAUGGAGCUGGAUGUUCAAAGAGCAUCUCAUCUCUUAUGUCAUUGACAGCGUUGUGGAGUGGGGGGGGUUCAUUGAAGAGGCGGACACAGGGCUGAGACAGACAGUGCAGAGGGGAGAUCGCCACGCACUGGUUCAGGUCAUGGGUCACCUGCUGUCUGUCAGAGAUCGCCAGACCCCUACAGACCUGCUGUUCGAGCCCCUCAGGGCUGUGCUCAGCCUCCUGGAGCAGUACAAUGAGAAACUUCCAGAACACAUCUACGCCCAGCUGGAGGAGCUGCCGGAGAAGUGGAACAGCGUGAGGAAACUGGCCCUCUCUGUGAAACAUGAGGUGGCCCCGCUUCAGAACGCAGAGGUGUCCGUCAUACGCAGGAAGUGUGCGGCUUUCGAGAUGAAACUGAGCCAGUUUACAGAAACAUUUAAGACUGACGCCCCUUUCACCUACAACUCAGUGAACCCAUAUGUCUGCCUUGACAAGUGUCACAGAGAGAUUAGCUCUCUGGAGGAGGAGAUGGCAGAGCUCCAGGACUCCUGUAGGUUAUUUGAGGUGAGCAGUCCCGAGUACAGACAGCUCAGACACUGCCGCAAAGAGAUCAUCAUCCUCAAACAGGUCUGGGAUCAGCUGAUGUGCACCCAGUGGUGUGUGAGAGACUGGACCAGAAUGCACUGGAGAGACGUUCACCUUGACCAGAUGGAUUAUGAACUGAGGAGAUUUCUUAAGGAGCUCCACACGCUUGACAAAGAGGCCAGGGGUUGGGAUGUGUAUGUAGAACUGGACAAUACACUGAAGAACCAUCUGACUUUCUUACGGACUAUCACAGAACUCCAGAACCCCGCCGUCAGAAACAGGCACUGGGCUCAGCUGUUCCGAAUCACAAAGGCUGAUUUGACCCUGACGGACAGAACAACUCUGGCUGAACUCUUGGCCCUGCACCUCCACAUCGUAGAGGAGGAGGUCCGUGCCAUCAUGACCAAAGCAGUAAAGGAGAUGGCCAUCGAAAAGGUUUUGACUGAGAUCAGCCAGACGUGGGCGUCGACAGAGUUUGUGUAUGAGAAGCACUGUAGGACGUCCACUCCUAUGCUCAGGUGUGAUGAUGCAGUGAUUGAAAGACUGGAGGAGAAUCAGGUCCAGCUUCAGUUGAUCAGUCAAAGUAAACACGUGGAGUUUUUCCAGCAGGAGGUAUCUGAGCUCCAGGCUCAGUUGGGCGUGGUCGACUCAGUGCUCCUGCUGUGGCUGAAGGUCCAGCGUACCUGGGCACACCUGGAGAGCGUCUUCACCACCUCAGACGACAUCUUUAGGCAGCUGCCAGAUGAAGCCAAGCGCUUCCUCAGCAUAGACACAGACUUUAAGGAUCUCAUGGUUAAAAGCGCUAAAACAAAAAAUAUCAUCGCAGCCACUAACAAACCUUACCUCUUAGAGACACUGGAGGAUCUUCAAAACAGGCUGGCUCUGUGUGAGAAAGCCUUAGUGAAGUACUUGGAAACGAAGAGAUUGUCCUUCCCCCGCUUUUAUUUCAUCUCGUCUGCUGACCUUUUGGACAUCCUCUCUAAAGGCAGUCGGCCUAAACAGAUUACCCAUCACUUAGCGAAGCUGUUUGACAGCGUGGUGGACCUGGAGUUCUCUUGUGAGGGGAGCAACAGAUGUGCCGUGGGCAUGUACAGUAAAGAGGGAGAAUACAUGCCAUUCCACACUCCGUGUGACUGCACAGGGCUGGUUGAGUUGUGGCUGACUCGUCUGGAGGACUCCAUGCGUCUGGCCGUUAGGCAGCACAUAUCUGACGCGGUGGUGGUUUACGAGGACCGACCCAGAGAGCAGUGGAUUCUGGAACACCCAGCCCAAGUGGCCCUCACCGGGUCUCAGAUCUGGUGGACGGCAGACGUUGGCCUGGCGUUCGAGCGGUUAAACGAAGGCUUUGAGACAGCGAUGAGAGAUUACAACAAGAAACAGGUUGCCCAGCUCCACACCCUCAUCAGUCUGCUAACGGGAGACAUGAGACCAGGUGACAGACAGAAGAUCAUGACUGUUUGUACCAUUGACGUCCACGCAAGAGAUGUGGUGUCUGAACUUCUCAGUCAAAAGGUUACCAGUUCUCAGGCUUUCCUCUGGCUCUCCCAGCUUCGCUAUCACUGGGAUGAAGAACAGAGACAGUGUUUUGCUAACAUCUGUGAUGCUCAGUUCCAGUAUUCCUACGAAUACCUGGGAAACACACCCAGACUGGUUAUCACACCUCUAACAGACAGGUGCUACAUCACACUGACUCAGUCUCUGCAUCUGACGAUGGGCGGAGCCCCCUCUGGUCCAGCUGGUACUGGAAAGACAGAAACCACCAAAGACCUGGGCAGGGCUCUGGGGGUCAUGGUUUACGUCUUCAACUGCUCUGAACAGAUGGAUUAUAAGUCAACAGGGAACAUGUUUAAGGGUCUGGCUCAGACAGGGGCGUGGGGUUGCUUUGAUGAAUUUAACCGAAUAUCUGUGGAGGUGCUGUCCGUGGUCGCCACCCAAGUGAAGACCAUACAAGACGCUAUUCGCAACAAGAUCAGCCGGUUUGUGCUCCUGGAAGAGGAGAUGAAUUUGAGGCCCUCUGUGGGUAUCUUCAUCACCAUGAACCCAGGUUAUGCAGGCCGGACAGAACUCCCAGAGAACCUCAAAGCACUCUUCAGGCCUUGUGCGAUGGUGGUGCCAGACCUGGAGCUAAUCUGUGAGAUCAUGCUGAUGGCAGAGGGGUUUGUCAGCGCUCGCGUCCUGGGCAGGAAGUUCAUCACUCUCUACAGCCUCUGCAGAGAACUGCUUUCCAAUCAGGAUCACUAUGACUGGGGCUUGCGUGCUGUGAAGUCCGUGCUUGUGGUAGCAGGUGCUCUUAAACGAGCAGAUGAGACCAGACCAGAGGAUCAGGUACUGAUGCGUGCCCUGAGGGACUUCAACAUGCCUAAAAUUGUGACCGAGGACAUACCCGCAUUUUUGGGGCUGAUUGGAGACCUGUUCCCUGGUCUGGAGGUGCCCAGAAGGAAUGACCCCGAGUUUGAGAAAGUGGUCAGGCAGAGCACCCUGGAGCUCUCUCUCCAGCCUGAGGAGUCCUUCAUCCUUAAAGUUGUCCAGCUGGAGGAGCUCCUGACUGUUCGUCACUCAGUCUUUGUUGUGGGAAAUGCUGGCACAGGGAAAAGUCAGAUCCUGAGGACACUGCAUAAAACCUAUUCUAACAUGAAGAGGAAGCCUGUGUGGGCAAGUCUCAACCCCAAAGCCCUGAGCACAGACGAGCUCUUUGGAUUUAUCCAUCCCUCCACUCGAGAAUGGAAAGAUGGCCUGUUGUCUCAGUUCUUGCGAGAGCAGGCAGCCAAUCCUCACCUGGGGCCAAAGUGGGUCGUCUUAGAUGGAGACAUUGACCCCGUGUGGAUCGAGUCUCUUAACACAGUCAUGGAUGACAACAAGAUCUUAACCCUGGUCAGUAAUGAACGCAUAGCCCUGACUCCCUCCAUGCGGCUGGUGUUUGAGGUCAGUCACCUGAGCUCCGCCACACCCGCCACCGUGUCCCGCGCUGGGGUCUUAUACAUCAACCCACAGGACCUCGGCUGGAGCCCGUUUGUAACCAGCUGGGUGGACAGCAGAGCUCGUCAGGCAGAGAAAGCCCACCUCACCAUAUUAUUUGAUAAAUACGUUCCUCCAUGUUUAGAGCAAAUGAGAACGACCUUUAAAACAGUCACCCCAAUACCAGAGAACAGUAUGGUGCAGACUCUGUGCACAUUGCUGGACUGUUUACUGACCCCAGAGAACGUUCCGGGUGAUUCUGCACGGGAAGUGUAUGAGAUGUACUUUGUGUUUGCUUGUAUCUGGGCUUUUGGUGGAGCCUCAUACCAGGAUCAGCACCAUGACCACAGAGCUGAGUUUAGUCAGUGGUGGACCAAAGAAAUGAAGACCGUGAAGCUGCCUCCUCACGGGACCGUGUUUGACUUCUACCUCGACACUCACACCAAACGAUUCCUCCCCUGGACAGACAGAGUACCAGCAUUUGAGCCUCAAAAUGAUACAGGACUACAGGCACUGUUCGUACCCACAGCGGAGACGGUGUGUGUCCAGUUUUUCAUGAGGCUUUUCCUGGAGAAAGCUCGGCCGGUGAUGCUGGUGGGCUGUGGGGGCGUGGGGAAGACCUCUCUGGUCACACACCUGCUUCAGACCCUGCCUGACACCUUCAGCUCCACCAGAGUGCCCUUCAACUUCUACACCACCUCCUCCACGCUGCAGAGAGAGCUAGAGAGGCCUCUGGAGAAGAGGGCAGGCCGUAACUACGCCCCUCCAAGGAACAAAAAGCUGAUCUAUUUUAUCGACGACUUUAACAUGGCUGCAGUAGACAGCUUUGGGACAGUCCAGCCACACGCACUGGUACGACAACACCUGGACUACGCACACUGGUAUGACCGUGAGAAACGGUGUAUGAAAGAGAUACACAACACUCAGUAUAUAGUCUGCACGAACCCCACUGCAGGAGGCUUCACCAUCAACGCUCGGCUACAGAGGCAUUUUUCAGUGUUAGCUGUGAGUUUCCCUGGUGCUGGGGCUCUGUGCUCCAUCUUUGGCUCCAUACUGAACCAGCACCUGCAGAGUCAGUCAUUCAGUGGCGCUGUCCUGAGGACUGGAGCCUCAGUGGUCCAGGCUGCUGUCUCUCUCCACAGGAGGGUCACACACAGCCUCCGCCCCUCUGCUACACGCUUCCAUUACCUGUUCAGCCUGUGGGACUUAUCCAGAGUCUUCCAGGGUCUGUGUUUCUCCAGCCCAGGCUGUGUGAGAGACAUCUGUGACCUGGUCCACCUGUGGAUGCAUGAGUCUAACAGAGUUUACAGUGACAGACUAAUAGAGUCUUCUGACUCACAGCUCUUCCAUAGACUCCUGCAGGACACAAUCCACAGUAGCUUUGAGGGUUUGGAUGAGACCACUCUACAGCAGCAGCCCCUCAUGUACUGGCCUUGCGGUCAGCAGUCCGGGGCGGGGCCAGGGCGGGUAUUCUAUGAGCCUGUCAGAGACUUGCAGCAGCUGAGGAGUGUCCUGACGGAGGCGCUAGAGAGUUACAAUGAACUACACUCUGCCAUGAACCUAGUGCUGUUUGAGGAAGCCAUGCAACAUGUCUGUAGGAUCGGGCGUGUCCUGGCAUGUCCGCGCGGUUAUGCCCUGUUAGUGGGCGUCGGGGGCAGCGGUAGGCGGAGUCUGACCAGGCUGGCUGCCUAUCACUCCUCUAUGGACGUGUUUCAGGUGACGCUGCGUAAGGGCUACAGCCUCCAGGACCUGAAGGCAGAUCUGGCAGGUCUGUACAUCAGGACGGGAGUGAAGAACCUUCCAACCGUGCUGCUUCUCACAGACACACAGAUCCCAGACGAACAGUUCCUCACCCUCAUCAGUGAUCUACUGGCCUCAGGAGAGAUUGCGGAUUUGUUCAAUGAGGAGGAGGAGGGUGGGAUUGUGAGGAGUGUCAGGGGGGAGGUGCGCGCUACGGGUCUGUUGGACAGCGCUGAGAACUGCUGGAGAUUUUUUAUGGAGCGAGUGCGACGCCAACUUAAGGUGGUGUUGUGCAUGUCUCCAGUGGGGGGAGCCUUGCGUACUAGAGCUCACCGUUUUCCUGCUCUGUUCCACUGUUCCACCAUUGACUGGUUCCACGACUGGUCCCAGCAAGCACUGCAGUCAGUCAGCCUCAGCUUUAUACAGCAGAUCCCCGGCCUGCCGCCCUCUAUGCGAGAGUCCAUCAGCGCGUUCAUGGCUCAUGUUCACGUGAGUUCCAAACGAGUGAGCGAGAGUUAUCGCCUCGCAGAGCGCCGGCACAACUACAGCACGCCCAGGCGUUUUCUGGAGCUGCUGGAUCAGUACCGCGUCCUGCUGACGCAGAGACAAGACCGGCUCCAGCAGAACAUGGGUCGACUUCAGUGUGGUCUUCAGAAACUCCAAACCACCGCCUCUCAGGUGGAAGAGCUGAAAGCCAAACUAAAUUCCCAGGAGGCUGACCUGAGCGUGAAAAGGCAGGCUGCUGACGCCCUGGUCUCCAGGAUCGCUCUGCAGACAGAGAGAGUGAGUCAGAAGAGAGGAGCUGCAGACAUGGAGGAGCAGAAGGUGAAAGCUGUUCAGUAUGAAGUGGCUUUAAGACAGAAGGAGUGUGAAAAUGAUUUGGCCAAAGCUGAACCUGCCCUGGAGGCUGCCACCGCUGCCCUUGACACACUCAACAAGGUGAACCUGACGGAGCUGAAGACGUUCCCCAGCCCUCCGCAGGCCGUGACCAACGUGACCGCGGCGGUGAUGGUCCUUCUGGCUCCGCGCGGUCGUGUUCCUAAAGACCGGGGCUGGAAGGCUGCCAGGGCCUUCAUGGGGAAGGUAGACGAUUUUCUCCAGUCGCUGGUUUCCUAUAAUAAGGAGAACAUUCCGGAAACGUCCCUGGCGGUGGUGAAGAAGGAGUAUCUGAGAGAUCCAGAGUUCCACCCGGACCUGAUCCGCACCAAGUCCUACGCCGCAGCCGGCCUGUGCGCCUGGGUCAUCAACAUCGUCAGAUACUAUGAGGUGUAUUGUGAAGUUGCUCCGAAGCGGCAGGCAUUGUGCCAGGCUAACUCUGAGUUAGACACUGCAACUGCUAAACUGCUCACAGUCAGACAGAAGCUGGAGGACCUGGAUGCAAACCUGCGGAGUCUGACGGCUCAGUUUGAGAACGCCGCGGCAGAUAAAGUCCGCUGCCAGGAGGAAGUGACCCACACCAGCCAGACCAUGGCGCUGGCUAAUCGACUGGUCCGUGGCCUGCAGUCGGAGGAGGUGCGGUGGUCGCAGGCCCAACUGCAGUUGGAGGAUCAGAUGAAGACCGUGUGUGGGGACGUCCUUCUGGCCGCGGCCUUUGUCUCCUACGCUGGAUAUUUCACCCAGUCUUACCGCCACCUGCUCCUCCACGGCACCUGGCUCCCCUUCCUCAGGGAGCAGACGACGCCCGUUCCUCUGACUGACGGCCUGGAUCCUGUCCGUAUGCUCGCCGAGGAUGCCACAGUGGCUGCCUGGCACAACCUGGGCCUGCCAGACGAUGGCAUGUCGGCGGAGAACGCUGCCAUCCUCACUCACAGUCAGCGCUGGACCCUGCUGGUCGACCCCCAGCAGCGGGCGGUGAAGUGGAUCCAUAAGCUCUACAGGGAAGAGCUGAGAGUCCUCCAGCCCAGCCAGGCAGGGUAUCUGGAUGUGAUGGAGCAGGCUUUGGCCUGUGGAGAGACAGUCCUCCUUGAGAACGUAGAGGAGAAACUCGACUCAGCGCUGGAAUCACUGCUGGCCAGAAAUACUACAAAAAGAGGAAGGUAUAUUAAGAUGGGUGAUAAGGAGUGUGAAUUCAACAGCAGUUUCCGACUCCUUCUGCACACCAAACUGGCCAAUCCACACUUCUCCCCAGAGCUACAAGCUCAGAUCACACUCAUCAACUUCACAGUGACUCCCAGUGGUCUGGAGGAGCAACUACUUUGCCAAGUGGUGAACCAUGAGAGGCCUGACCUGGAGAAACUGAAGUGGGAGUUGACCACCCAGCAGAACCAGUGUAAGAUUGAACUGAAGAGACUGGAGGAUGAGCUGCUGGGUGGACUGGCGGCCGCUGAGGGAAACUUCCUGGGAGAUGUAGUUUUAGUGGAACGGCUAGAGAACACUAAGAGCACGGCCUCUCUCAUCCACUGUAAGGUGGUGGAGGCCAGAGAGAAUGAGGCAAAGAUCAACGAGGCGCGUGAACUUUACCGCCCUGUAGCCCAGAGGGCCUCACUGCUGUAUUUCAUCAUUAAAGAUCUGCACCACAUUAACCCAAUGUACCAGUACUCUCUAAAGGCCUUCAACACUGUGUUUCUCAGAGCUAUGGAGCGAACGCCACACAGCGAGGAGGUCACACAGCGAGUUGCCUCCCUCACCGAGUCUGUCACUUACUCCAUAUUUCUCCACAUCAGCCAUGGGCUCUUUGAGACAGACAAACUGACCUUCCUGUCACACACUGCCCUCCAGAUUCUUUUGAUGAGAGGCUCCAUUGAUGUUCAGGAGUUGGAUUUUCUGUUGCGUUUCCCUGUAGAGGCCAGCAGAGGGAGCCCUGUGAACUUUCUGUCUCCACAGGCCUGGGGUGCAGUCAAGAGCAUCUCCCUGCUGCCAGAGUUCAGGGGUCUGGACAGAGACAUUGAGGGUUCGGCCAAACGGUGGAGGAAGCUGGUGGAGUCUGAGAGUCCGGAGAGAGAGACAUUUCCUCAGGAUUGGAAAAACAAAAACACUCUGCAGAGACUUCUCAUCCUCCGAGCCCUCCGCCCAGACCGCAUCGCCUACGCCCUCAGGGGCUUUGUGGAGGAAACUCUGGGAAGCGGCUGUGUGAAUUUAGGGAGACUGGAGUUUGAGAAAGUGUUUGAAGAGACCAGUCCUUCCACUCCACUCUUCUUCAUCCUGUCUCCUGGGCUCAACCCACUGGGAGAGGUGGAGAAACUGGGGGUCAAGCUGGGCUUCAGCGUUGCUAGGGGAAACCUGCAGAGCGUGUCUCUGGGUCAGGGCCAGGACGGCGUCGCUGAGAGAGCCCUGGAGACGGCAGCUAGAGAGGGUCACUGGGUCAUACUGGAGAAUGUUCACCUGAUGCCGCGCUGGCUGGGCCACCUGGAGAGGCUGUUGGAGAAGACAGCCGCACAAUGUCACCAUGACUACCGUGUGUUUAUGAGCGGAGAGCCGCCUGCCAACCCACAGGACCCUGUUAUUCCACGGAGCAUUCUGGAAAAUGCCCUGAAACUCACCCAUGAACCCCCUGCCGGCAUGAACGCCAGUCUACACGCCACCCUCAGUAACUUCAGCCAGGAGACAUUGGAACUGUGUUCUCAUGAGCUGGAGUUUAAGGCUCUGUUUUUCUCCAUCUGUUAUUUUCACGCCUGUGUGUGUGAGAGGAGAAGAUUUGGGCCUCAGGGCUGGAACUGCCGCUACCCUUUCAACAGGGCCGACCUCAACAUCUCCAUCAACAUCCUCUACAACCACCUGGAGUCCAGCACCAAAGUGCCUUGGGAGGACUUGCAUUAUCUGUUUGGAGAGGUCGUUUAUGGAGGACAUAUCACUGAUGACUGGGACAGAAGACUGUGUCGGACUUACUUACAUCACUUCCUGAACCCAAAACUGUUUGAGGGGGAUCUAUUCCUCUGCCCCGGGUUCCUGGCCCCCCCAGACCUGGACUACACUGGCUAUCACAGGUAUGUGGACGAGAACCUGCCCCCAGAGACGCCCUCUCUUUACGGCAUGCAUCCCAACGCAGAGAUAGAUCACAUGACGGCCACAUCUGACGCCCUCUUCAGGACACUGCUGGAACUGCAGCCUAAAGACUUCGUGCUGAGGGAGGGAGCCUCACACAGCAUAGAGGAGAAAGUGAGGAGCACGGUGGAUGAGCUCUUGGAGAAGCUUCCAGAAGAUUACAGCAUGGUGGAGCUGACGUCAAAGACAGCAGGGCGUGGUCCAUACACACUGGUCUGUCUACAGGAGUGUGAGCGAAUGAACGCUCUGCUUUCUGCGAUGAGGUCGUCACUCAGAGAACUGGAUCAGGGGCUGAGAGGGGAGUUGACUUUGUCCUCUGAUAUGGAGUCUCUACAGACGGCCUUGUUUUAUGAGAAUGUUCCGGAGAGCUGGAGCAGACUGGCCUGUCCCACCACUAAAACACUGGCCCUGUGGUUCUCUGACCUCAUCUCUCAGUGUCAGCAGCUGGACACAUGGACACAGGAUUUUGUGCAGCCUGCUGUGGUCUGGUUGUCUGGUCUUUUCAACCCACAGGCUUUCCUCACCGUGAUUAUGCAGACCACGGCGCGUAAGAACGCCUGGGCUUUGGACACACUGAGUCUCAGUGUCGACGUGACCAGAAAGACCAAAGAGGAGUUUGGCCACCCAGCCAGAGAGGGAGCCUACAUACACGGACUCCACAUGGAGGGUGCCCGCUGGGAUGGCGGUUCUGGCCUGAUAUGUGAAGCUGUUCUUAGAGAGCUCAGCUGUGCCAUGCCUGUGGUCUAUGUACGGGCAGUGCCAGGCCAGCAGCAGGACCUCAGACACACCUACCGGUGCCCGCUGUAUCGCACCAGACUCCGCGGUUCCACCUACGUCUGCAGCUUCCAUCUCAGAACCCAGCACUCACCUGCCAGGUGGACGCUGGCGGGCGUGGCCUUACUGCUGUCUGUGUGA